CCUCUUGAAAAUCCGAAAAGGAAAAGAGGACGGGGAGGGAGGGGAAGAAAAAAAGGAAAGAAAUUCAAGCACUUGAGGGAAGAAGCGGUGGCUAGAAGGAGGGAAAAGAGCAGAGAGACUGUGCAAGAAGGAAGGAGGAGGAGAAGCGGCAGCGCUCGCAGCUGGGCAGAAGCCGGGACCAUGCAGAUUCCAGCCGGGCUUUGCUGAGCGGGGCAGCCCCGGACCCCCCAGCCAGACUCUUCUCGCUGCUCCAGGCUGCAGGCACCCCCAGACCGGCAUCGCCCCCCGCCCCGUCCAUCUUUCUUUUAAAACAAACCAAAACGAAACAAAACAAAAACAGACUGAGAUUUUUUUUUUUUUUAAACUCGUGCGUUUAAUCCGCUCCUGGUUUUUGAUUUUUUUUUUCUUGAUUUGCUUUUUUGCCCUUUAUCCUCAGCCCUCCACUUUUUCAUUCACCCCUAUUUUCGCUAUAUAGAUUUUUUUUUUUUUUACCAACCCCCACCCCCCACUACACGCCUCCUCGAGCGAUCCCCCUACCGCUCCCCCCCCCACCCCCCCCGCCCCCCAAUUCGCUAACUUGUGGCUGUUGUGAUGCGUAUUCCCGUAGAUCCCAGCACCAGCCGGAGGUUCAGCCCCCCCUCCAGCAGCCUGCAGCCCGGCAAGAUGAGCGAAGUCAGCCCGGUCGUAGUAGCCCAACAGCAGCAGCAGCAACAGCAGCAGCAGCAGCAGCAGCAGCAGCAGCAGCAGCAGCAAGAAGCGGCGGCCGCCGUGCCCAGGCUGCGCCCCCACGAUAACCGCACCAUGGUGGAGAUCAUCGCUGACCACCCCGCCGAGCUGGUCCGCACCGACAGCCCCAACUUCCUCUGCUCCGUGCUGCCCUCGCACUGGCGCUGCAACAAGACCCUCCCGGUGGCAUUCAAGGUGGUGGCCUUAGGAGAAGUGCCUGAUGGGACGGUGGUCACCGUCAUGGCUGGAAACGAUGAGAACUACUCUGCAGAGCUGCGAAACGCUUCUGCCGUGAUGAAGAACCAGGUGGCCAGAUUUAAUGACUUACGAUUUGUGGGCAGAAGUGGAAGAGGGAAGAGCUUUACUUUGACAAUAACUGUCCUGACAAAUCCCCCCCAAGUCGCUACAUACCACAGAGCUAUAAAGGUUACAGUGGAUGGGCCAAGGGAGCCAAGAAGGCACAGACAGAAGCUUGAUGACUCUAAACCUAGUUUGUUCUCUGAACGCCUCAGUGAUUUAGGGCGCAUUCCUCAUCCCAGUAUGAGAGUAGGGGUCCCGACCCAGAGCCCACGGCCCUCUCUGAACUCUGCACCAAGUCCUUUUAAUCCACAAGGACAGAGUCAGAUUACAGACCCCAGGCAGGCGCAGUCAUCCCCGCCAUGGUCCUAUGACCAAUCUUACCCAUCCUACUUGAGCCAGAUGACUUCACCGUCCAUUCACUCCACAACUCCCCUGUCCUCCACUCGAGGCACAGGACUUCCAGCCAUUACUGAUGUGCCCAGACGCCUCUCAGACUCAGACCCUUGCACACCUGAUGCUCCACCUGCUGCCACUUCACCACCAACCUCUGAAGAACCUGGACCUUUCACAGCUCCAGCAUCACCCUCCUCUUCCUCUGACACUGGUACUGCAUCAUUUUCACCACCGUUACCUGCCUGUGUUGCAGCCUUACAUCCCAAACCUCCUCCUAUUCCACCAUCAACAUCAGCUUCUGCUGCCACUGUUCACCCUGGACCCCCUUCUCUUCCCGCACCACCAACCUCUGCUCCAUCCCUGCACCCUGGACUUUAUUUGCCAGUAGUCCCACCUGGCAGUGCCACCCACCUCAUCAACUGGCUGCCCUUCCUCGCUUCUGCAACACUUGCCACCAUUCGAGGGAAGGAGGAAGACCAGCCACCCAUAAGAUCGGGCUCUCUGGAAGGCAUGAAGCGCUGCAGCAGCACCCCCCCACACCCUUCCCAUGACGGAAAUCCCCUGGCAGCACCUAUGGGAGACAGGGCUCCCGGGGCUGCUUCCUCACCGCCGGCUGCCCACGCCAUGCCCCCAAGCUCGGAGCAGGCGUCGGUGAAUGUGAGCGACAUCCUGGCAGAGCUGCGGACGAUGAACGGCCAUCUCUCCAUCAUCGCCCGAGCCCUGACGCAGCUGGCAUCGUCUCUGGCACCACAGCAGGACACGCGUGGCACCCCACCUCCUUAGUGCGGGGCUCUGCACCUGCUCACCUGGCUGGUAGGGGCUGGUGUUUGCAGGGGGCAGGAGGUUGGGUGGAGGAAAGAGACCCUACCCAAACCUGCCCAUACUGUCUGUGCCAGUUAGCUGUGUUCUCUGACACUGACCACGUCUCCCCAGUGGGUUUUUCUGUUUGUUUGUUUAUCUGCUCCUUGUAAAUGGCUGCAUAUAUUAAAAAAUAGUUUUGUGGUCUUGUUAA